AUUUAGGUUUGUUUAAUGAUAUGGAAACUGGAAGCAAAUUCCCCUUUUAGUGAUCUAAACUGUGAAUAUAUUUCACCAUGUACAAUCAAAACCAGCAGCCUCGUUUGACCAGUUUUCUUCGAGCAUUUAGUAAUGUAGCUGCACCAUGGUCAGGUGAUCCAUAUGAUGACUGUGAAGCGCUAAUUCAGAAAAGAAAAGAAAAAAAUGAAAGGAAUGCGAGAUUGCAUAAUCUAGCAACAAUAAAAAAAUUCCUCAUUGAAAGUUCAUCUUUACCUCCAGCUGAAGUUAAUGAUCUGCUAACAGAACUAAUGAUUUUAGCUAAAGAAAUUGCUGGUUCAGAUUCAACAUCUCAAAUUAUAGAAGGUACUGUUGUAUACCUUAUCGAAUUAUUUCGAGACUGUAACAUGAUAGGCCAGAAGCAAUCACUUGAACUUCGUCGUACAUUUGGAGUUUGCCCGAAAGAAUCUAUUUCCAAAGCAUUUUCUAUUUCUAAGAAACUCAUUGAAAGUUUAAAAGAUGAUAUACAAGAAACCUUCAUCUACAGUGGUUUUCCUAAAAAUGAUGAAGGUUUGUUAUCUGAAGAAUUUGGUUCCAAGAUUAAAUUUGUUGAUCUUCAGCCACUUGAUGAAAGUUAUUUCCGUGUUCCUUUGAUGGACAUUGAAGAUGAAGAGAAAGAGGAUGCUUUUAAAAAAUUUAGCUUUAAAUUUGAAGGUACAUCAAAUGUUAUUAGGAAGGAGUCUGCACCAGUAAAAACUUCUGUUGUUCCAUGCAAGAAAUAUGACCAACAGUGGUUAGAAAUAUCAUUAAAAGAUUCAGCAAGUGAAAAUUUGUCUUCAGCUGAGCUAGCUUUAUCUGUUUCACAGCUCUUAAAAUCUGAUAAAUCCAAUGAAGAGUUACAAAAUGAACUGUUUGAUCUCCUUGGAUAUGAAAGAUUUGAACUUAUACAAGAUAUUUUGAAACACAGAAAUGAGAUAAUAUUCUCAAAAGUUAUUGAAGCUAACAACAUAAAAGAACCAUCAGUUAUUGAAAAACGUCCAUCGUAUAUGACUCAAGUUGUAAUUCAGUCUGAAACUGAGAAACUGCUUUCUAAGCAAAUACGGAAAGAUGAAAAACGCAUACAGCGUGAUCAGAACAGAGGUAUAGAAGAGAAUCCAGGAAUUUUAAAUCCUCAGCGCCUAAAGCAGUUAAGAGAAGAAGCCUUAAUCACUGCUCAUAACACUCCUUUGUUUCAUCAUGCAUCUGCAUCAUCUACAGUGUAUGAAACUGCUACUUAUCCUAAUGUAUAUGAUAUGAAUGCUAAAACUAAAAUGACAGCAUCUUUUAUAAGUGGGCGGAAACUUGCUCUGCCUGAAAAUGCCAAGCGAAUUAACAAUUAUGUUUUUGAGGAACUGCACAUUCCCCCAUCUGAACCCAUUUCUCCAAAUAUUGGGGGAGAUCUGGUUCAAAUCUCUUCUUUAGAUGAGAUUGGUCAGCAGGUUUUUAAAGGAACUAAAAGCCUCAAUCGUAUUCAAUCCAUGGUUUUCAACAUUGCAUAUCAUACACAGGAAAAUAUGCUUGUUUGUGCCCCCACUGGUGCUGGUAAAACAAAUGUGGCUCUAUUGACUAUAGUUCAUGAAAUUAAGAAUAAUAUAGAGAAUGGAGUUAUACAAAAAAAUAAAUUUAAAAUAGUCUAUGUAGCACCCAUGAAAGCUUUGGCAGCAGAAAUGGUGAGAAAUUUCAGUAGCAAGCUAAAUCCUUUGGGUAUUCAAGUUAAAGAACUUACUGGGGAUAUGCAGUUGACAAAAAAUGAAAUUGUCCAGACUCAGAUGUUAGUUACAACACCAGAAAAAUGGGACGUCGUCACUCGGAAAUCAACUGGAGAUGUUGCAUUGUCACAACUAGUAAAACUCCUUAUUUUAGAUGAAGUUCAUUUAUUAGAUGGUGAUAGGGGCCCUGUUUUGGAAGCUCUCGUAGCAAGAACAUUAAGACAGAUUGAGACAUCACAGUCCAUGAUCAGAAUUGUUGGUCUCUCAGCAACAUUACCAAAUUAUAUUGAUGUAGCAAGUUUCUUAAGAGUUAAUCCCAUGAUUGGCUUGUUCUUCUUUGAUGAUCGGUUCCGGCCUGUUCCCCUGAGUGCUACAUUUAUUGGAGUAAAAGCUAACAAUCCACUUCAGCAACUGAGAGAUAUGGAUGAAAUAUGUUAUAGAAAAGUUGCACAUUUGGUUGAAAAGCAUCAGGUUAUGGUUUUUGUCCAUGCAAGAAAUGCAACUGUGAAAACAGCUACAGUUCUUAAAGAUUUAGCCAUCAAAUAUAACCAGACUCAUUUAUUCAUUGAGCAGAAAAAUUCAUCUGAAUUUGGUGCUGCACAGAAAUGUGUACUAAAAUCGAGAAACAAGGAACUUCGACAACUCUUUGAAUGUGGAUUUGCUAUUCAUCAUGCUGGCAUGCUGAGAUCUGAUCGAAAUUUGGUGGAAAAGUAUUUUAGGGAAGGUUGCAUAAAAGUUUUGGUGUGCACAUCUACAUUAGCCUGGGGUGUGAACUUACCUGCGAGAGCUGUUAUUAUAAAAGGUACAGAAAUUUAUGAUGCAAAACAAGGCAGUUUUGUUGAUUUGAGUGUUCUGGAUGUAAUGCAGAUCUUUGGUAGAGCUGGAAGGCCUCAAUUUGAUAAAAAAGGAGAAGGCAUUAUAAUUACAACUCAUGAUAAACUAUAUCACUAUUCAUCAUUGUUAACUAGACAGCAUCAGAUCGAAAGCAAAUUUAUAGACAAAAUUGCUGACAAUCUUAAUGCAGAAAUUGCUCUUGGUACUGUUGCAAACAUUGAUGAAGGAGCAGAAUGGCUUAGUUAUACAUAUUUGUAUGUUAGGAUGCUUAGAAAUCCACACUUUUAUGGUUUAAAACCUUCUAAAUUAAAGAUUGCUCUUGGUACUGUUGCAAACAUUGAUGAAGGAGCAGAAUGGCUUAGUUAUACAUAUUUGUAUGUUAGGAUGCUUAGAAAUCCACACUUUUAUGGUUUAAAACCUUCUAAAUUAAAG